GAAAAUAAUGUAUGUUCAUCUCCAUUAGUACCUAUGUGUAUUUUUAGUCAAUUCUAUACGCAAUAAACCGGUGAAAGACGUUUGAGAAGACAUCUGAAAAUUCAUUCGAAUUGGUUAAUAUGUCUACUUCAGAUCUACCCCGCCACGUUUUAAGGUUUUUAAUUUUGUUUUUGAAUAAUUAAUAGUUACAAUUUUAAAUUUAACCUGGUGAUUGGAAAAGUACUUACGUGAGUGACACCCAUUUUUAGAGAGAAAAAAUGAUUCUUCAACUGCAACCUAAAGAAAAUAAAUUAUGAUACUCAAAAUUGUGAUAUUAUGUUGGAUUAUAAUUUGUUCGACAGCAAUGUUAUUUUACACCGAACAUUUUUACAUGAACAUUUUUAAAACCCAUGAUUUCACGAAAGAAAAUUACGACACGCAAUCGUUUUUAGAAAGAUUGAUCUAUCUAGAAAGACAAGAGCGCGUGUCAGUAAUGUGCCGUUCGUUCAAGUUACCUAAGGACGACGAUGACUACCAGCAAGCCAUCAAUGAUAGCGUACUCUUGGACCAUAUUUUGGUCGACAAUCGAAAUAAGUUACUCUAUUGUUACGUACCAAAGGUGGCUUGCACCAACUGGAAACGGGUGUUCAUGGUGCUGUCCGGGAACUCGCGGCCGGACGGCGCGCCGGACCUGUCGCAAAUUCCGGCGGACGUGGUGCACAAGCCCAGCACGCUGGACCGGCUGAGCGACUAUCCGGCGGCCCGGGCGGCCGACAUGCUGGCCACGUACACCAAGUUCCUGUUCGUCCGGCACCCGUUCGAGCGGCUGCUGUCCGCGUACCGGAACAAGCUGGAGCAGCGGCACCAGGACAGCUCUCGGUACUUCCAGUCGCGGUUCGGCCGGCGGAUCGUCCGGCGGUAUCGGGCCAACGCCACCGAACGGUCGCUGCGGCACGGCGACGACGUGACGUUCGCCGAGUUCGCCGCGUUCGUGGCCGACACCCGGGACACGGUGUUCAACGAGCACUGGGCUCCGAUCGACAGGCUGUGCCGGCCGUGCGCCGUCAACUACGACUUCAUCGGCAAGCACGAGUCGCUGGUCGAGGACUCGGAAUACCUGCUCCGGCACGUGGUGGGAGCCGCCGACGACGUCCGGUUCCCGAAGGGUCCCGACUCCAACACGUCCACGCAGCUGGUCAAGUACUUCACGACGCUGGACCACGACACCGUGCUCAGGCUGUACGGCACGUUCGAGCUCGACUUCAAGCUGUUCGACUACAACCUGCAAAACAUCUUCGGCUACGAAGUGGGCUAAGGCCGCCCAUGUGUAGAGGCGGGUGCUGCACUGACGCGCGCGUCGCCGUCGUCGUAUAUUAUAUAAUAAUAUUAUGGCCGGGAACCCCUAUCACUAAACCGUUAAAAUUUAAAUUCAAAAAUUUUAUUUUAGUUGUGUCGAAUGAAUGCUCUAAGAAUAGAUAGCUCUAAACGAUGAAAAUGCGGCCUUAAAUUCCCAAAAAAAUGUAAAAUAAAUACUUUUUAUUUUGAUUCAUAUGUAUAUAUUAUAUAUAAUAUAGCAAUGCAAAGUGUGUAUCAAAAUCCCAGCCAUAAAUAUUAUUUUAGAAUCUUCUGCGUUGAAUACUAUUCGGAUGACUUUAUCCAACGUAUUUUCCUUUGUGUACAUACUUUUUAGGAAUUCUCUUGUGUUUGUUAAUAAUAUUUUAACUAUUAAUUAUUAUUUAUUAAAUGUUUUUAAUCGACGAUAAAUUAAAAACAAUUAAGGUUGUGCCUACGAGGAACUAUGUGAUAAUUGUAAAUGAGUAUUGAGUAUGAAUAAAAACUAUCACUUCGA